AUGGGUGGCAUUGCAGCCAAGCUCGGGUAUACACAGCCAGAGGUGAAGGUGGUCAUGCUGGGGCUGGAUGCAGCGGGAAAGACAUCGCUGCUGUAUCGCAUGAAGCUGAAUGAGAACGUCACACCCAUCCCCACAAUCGGCUUCAACGUCGAAUCCAUUCCAAACGACACUGUCGAGCUCACUCUCUGGGAUGUCGGCCUUCGAUCAGCGGCGCGGAAGAUGGCCCACCUGUACAUAGCGACGACGGAUGCGUUGGUGUUUGUGGUGGACGCGACAGACCGCGAGCGACUUGAUGAGGCCGUGGAGAUGCUGGUGGAUGAGACCAUCAUGCCCUCCACGGCGACGACACAGGACAGCAUGAAGCGAGCACUGGACUGGAUCACAAGCACCGUCACCACCACCCGUGGCAAAGGGUGA